UGAUGGCAGAUUAUUAUGUAAUAUUUAUAAUACGAUCGUUAAAUAUUCUAAACAACCCUUUGGAUUUAUUGAUAAAAUUCAUGAAGAUACAUCAAGAACAUAUCGUGUCAUAGAAAAUCUAAACUUUUUUGCAACUGCUGUAAAAUUACGAUUCGAUGUGAAAUUUGAAGAAUUCGAUGUAAAAGAAAUCAAAAAUUUAACAGAAAUCGGUGAAAUUCAUUUGGAAAAAGCUUUGGAAUUAUUUUGUGAAAAAGCAAUGAAUGAAUCAAUAUCGACCGGAUCACAUCAUAAUCGAACAAAUUUAUCAAGAUCUUCUUCAUCAUCACCUAUUCGGCAAGAAACAAGUGAUUCUAAAUUAUCCAAAGAAAAUCAAGAUUUAGCAACAGAAAUUG